CCAUCAUCCCUCUCACAUCACAUCCUGCUUCCCCUCCACCCUACCUCCUUUUCUGCAGCCCCCGCCCGCAAAUAACACCAAAUAAACUUGCUAGCUUGCUGCUUGCUGCUCGCUUGAAUGAUUGCUACCUUCAUUCUCCAAGCAGAUCGGGCCAGCCCGCGUCUCCAGCGACACCUAUAUCAUAGUAUAUAGCUAGCUCAAUCGGCUUGCCACGAUUCGGUCGAUCCUUGGUGUGGAAGAGCAUGCUAGGAAAUUAUUGAGCGGUUGGCGGUGAAGCUCUUGAAGCUCUUGCUCUUGCUUGCUUGCUUGCGGCGAGCAUCCACUAUAGAGGAAGAGAGAUCGGCGGGCCGCGCAAGGAGUAGAGAACCCUAGCUAGCUUGCGCGCUCGCCAGCCAUGUGCGACUACUUCCUCCAGAGGAUGGAGGGCGACCAGGCCGGCGGCGGGGACCUCACAGACAUCGUGCGGGCCGGCGGCGCCAUGCCGGGCAAUAACGACGGCGACGGCACCAGCCUCCCGUCCACGGCCGCCGAGUGGCAGCUGCAGCCCGCGGACCAGCCGAUGCUGUUCCCGCCUGCGCCGCCGUCGGCGUCACCGGGGACCGGCGGCGACGUCUUCGGCGACCCUUUCGCGGGGCUCGGGGACCCGUUCAGCAGCGACUAUUCGUCGGGCGGCCCCGAAUUCCUGGAAGGCAUGCCGGAUGCCAUGGCCAAAAUCGGCUUCGAAGCGGGCCCCGGCGGCGGCGUCAACGGUUGCGUAGGAGGCGGAGGCGGAGGCGGAGGCGGAGGCGGAGGCGGUGGCCAGAUGUUCGACAUGAGCAGGAAGCCGCUCUUGCCGAGGGGGAUGCAGAUGAUGCCGGCGGGAAUCGGUGGUGGGAUGGGGCCGAGGCUGAUGCAGUCGUCGCUGUCGCCCAUAGCGAUACGCCCGUACCCGGCCAUGACCGCGGGCGACAUGGUGAAGCUCGGCAUCACGCCCGGGCAGGCGGCCGGGUGCGCCAUCGACGCCGCUAUCGGCGGCAUGCAGAUGUCGUCGCCGCGCAACAACAACAGCGGGAUCAAGCGCAGAAAGAACCAGGCAAGGAAGGUGGUGUGCAUUCCGGCACCGACAACGGCGGGUUCAAGACCAACCGGGGAGGUGGUUCCUUCUGAUCUCUGGGCAUGGAGGAAGUACGGCCAGAAGCCUAUUAAGGGCUCUCCUCACCCAAGAGGGUACUACAGAUGCAGCAGCUCGAAAGGGUGUUCAGCACGAAAGCAGGUGGAGCGCAGCAGGACUGACCCCAACAUGCUUGUCAUCACCUACACCUCCGAGCACAACCACCCAUGGCCGACCCAGCGCAACGCGCUCGCCGGCUCCACCCGUUCUCACCACGGCAAGAACGGCGGUGGUGGCGGCAGCGGCUCAGGUUCCAAGAGCUCGCACAACGAAAAGCAGCCACAGAAUCAAAACGUCAAGGAGGAGAGAAAGGAUCACCGGGCCGCAGCGACAACGACGGCGACGACGACCACCAGCACAGUCACUACCACGACCAGCACUUCUCCCGUGGUCGUGAAGGAGGAGACGUUGGCUGGAUCAUCGUCGGAAGCGCAGGCGAGAGACCAGAGAGCCAUGGACACUGUGGCAGGAGUACUGCAUCAGGUCGACCACCGUGAGCUCAUGGACCACGUGUUCAGCGAGAGCUACAGGCCUAUGAUACCGGGGUCCGGCCAGCACCACGAGGACUUCUUUGCUGACUUCGCCGACCUCGCCGAGCUGGAGUCAGACCCCAUGAGUCUCAUCUUCUCCAAGGAGUACAUGGAAGCCAGGCCAAGCGGUGGUGCCGGCGAUCAUGGUGGCCAGGAGAAGGCGGUGGCCAAGGAGCUGGAUCCGUUCGACAUGCUAGAUUGGUCCACUACUUCUAGCACCGCAGGGAGCACGUUUGAGCAAGGGAAGAGAGGCUAAAUUACUUGAGGCAGGGUUUACGCAUACGGUUACACACACAUGAGAUCUCCAGCUAAAUAACCUUGAAGAUUAACUACCACAAGGUCAGCAAGGAAGAAAGAUGAGACUUGUUUUUCUUCUACUUUGUUACUUUUCUUAUGUUUGUUCUCUGCUUCUUCUUAUUAUUGCUUGUGAGAGAGAUUGAUUUUUUGUUCAAAGUCUAGGAUAUGAACGGCCUUAGGUUUGUGCCAACUUGUACUUAUGCAUGCGAUGAGGAUCAUCUAUCUCUCGAUACUGUCCUCUUCA